GACAAGUCGACUGUGGUCACCAUCUGUGAAUGUGAAGCUGAAUGAGAGAGUGAGCGAGAUGUGCAAGUUGUGAGAGAAACAGAAAGGUAAAGGAGACCGAGCUGUCCGAUAGCGGGUAGAAAAACAGUAGCGGACACAUUGAAGAAGUGCCAAAGAUAGAAAUCGAGUCGUCGGGUAUCCAGAAUCGUUCGACACGUUGAACUGGCACGGACAGAAGACAGCUAUAGGAAGUGAGAAGUGUAGUUGUUUUAUACCGAAGAUUCGUUUGUUACCAAUGAUGAACUUUGUAAAUUAAUAAACCGUCGUGAUCCCCGUUAAGCUUCCGAAUCUCUUAUAAUAAAGUUUUAUUUGUAAAAGAUUCUCACGUAAAUUUUAGUUCAUUACCAGUAUAGCAGUGCAGUGGUUAUUUAGUUGUAAACGUAAAUAUAACCAUUGUUACUAAACCUUAAAGAAAAUUUACUUCUGGCACCUGGUGCGCCUGUCUGUUUUCCGUCAUCUGUGUGCGCGCGGGUGUAGUGCGUGGCGUACGUUGUCAUCGUCGUCGUCGUGUACGGGUAAAAAGUUUGGCAGCGAAGGUGCCAACAUUUUCACUAUUCAUAUUCUAUGAGCGCGAAGGGCCAAGAGGACCCUGGAGAAGAUCUGACUUCCAGGGUAGGAGCAGAGAGCCCUUGCAGUGACAUGAAGCGUGCUGCAGCAAAAAAGCUGAUAGAGCGUUAUUUUUAUCAAUUAACUGAUGGCUGUGGAAAUCCUGAAUGUGACAAUCAGAAUUGCGCUUCCAGUGGCAAGGUGACAAACUUAACACCAAAUCAAGCUGCUGCUCAGGCCAUACAGUUGUUCUCACAAGAAGCACGUUUGUGCGAUGGAACUCAGCCUAAUAAAGUUGCCAGAACAACGAUUGAGCCGGGUCCGGCAUCGCUGGCAAAAAGCUUACCAGUUAAAAGUGUGAACCCAACUUGCUCUGACGAAGGUAAACCAGUGCCAUUCUUGACAGAGCCCAAGUUAUUGGACAUAAUUCAGAGAUGCAAAUCGGAAGGAUCUUACUCUCUGCUAAUUCGUACGCUAGGCGAAGUCUUUUCAUCUGCUGAGGCAUUGAGUCGAAGUUUUCAGAAAAGUGCGGAAAACGACUCCCCUCUUGCUGCUCUUUUGGACAGAGCACCUGUAGCUCUCCUUGGACCCCCAGGAGAUCUUAGUAAAGAAGCCGUACGAUCCCUCCAAGGUGAAGACAAAGAAGAAGACAGCAGUGAUCCAUCACCUACUGAACCACAUCCCGAUGACACAAGUGUUGAUUUACCUGCUGUGAGAAGAGCCUUCUCAUCGUUAUGGUCUUUGCCAGGGGAGGCAUUCGAAUCAGCUCUGGUACAUGCAUUAGUCAAUUUGGCAGACAAUAUAGAACUAGACUUGAGAGUAUUUGGCAUAGUGCCUUCAUAUAGUACAGAUAGUCUUCUGAACGUGUUUUUGAUCGUCUUUGAGAUUCCAGUCUUGGGGAGCAGCGAGUACCUAGAAUUGGCUUUGCAUAUGUUAUGCAAGGCUGCCAGCUGUUUGCCAUUAUCUGCUCAGGCAAAAUUGGCCCGUGUAUGGGCUCGGCAUUCAAAACCUCGACUUCAGGGGCUGUUACAAGCCUUGCAACAACUUAUCACCGUCAAGGUAAUUGGGGGCUCAUUUACACGAGACUAUUGUGUCCAAGACGCUGAUACCAUUACUGCUCCGACUAAGGUGAUGAAGAUAUUGUACUAUGCUAGCAUGUUAGCUGGAGAGCUAGACGGACCUGAACUACGUCGGGAUGAGGAAGGAGAUGUAGGAGAUCUCGAGAAAACUCCAGGGCAGAGAAAUCCUUCACAGGCUUUACAGGAUCCGCUGGCUACAGCAUUGAGUAUUUCUUCGUUAGACGCUCGCAAACCUUAUAUACCUUUCAACGAUUUUUACAACGAGCCAUUAAGUGACGCCAUAGAGAUGGAUAAAGACUUUGCCUACUAUAAAAGCGAGCAGCCGAAAAAAUUCAGCUUCAUGAACUACGCCUUUGUUCUUACACCUGCAACAAAGACCCUCGGACUUUACUAUGAUAACCGAAUACGAAUGUACAGUGAACGGCGGAUGAGUUUUCUACAAACCGUUGUAGGGCAACCAACUAAUCCAUAUCUUCGAUUGAAGGUUCGAAGGGAUCACCUGAUAGACGACGCACUUGUAGAAUUGGAGAUGGUAGCUAUGGAAAAUCCCACAGACUUAAAAAAGCAGCUAGUCGUAGAAUUUGAGGGUGAACAAGGCGUUGAUGAGGGUGGAGUGUCCAAAGAAUUUUUCCAGCUUGUAGUCGAAGAAAUUUUCAACCCCGACUAUGGAAUGUUUACACUUCAGGAAGAGACGCAGACAACCUGGUUCAACCCCACAUCAUUUGAAAGUGAUGCUCAGUUUACGUUGAUUGGAGUAGUCCUAGGCCUAGCAAUUUAUAAUAACGUUAUUUUGGACGUCCGCUUUCCCAUGGUAGUAUAUAGGAAGUUGUUAGGAAGAAAAGGAGCUUUUGCUGAUUUAGAAGAUUGGAGUCCUACGUUGUACAGAAGUUUGAAGGAGCUGCUCGACUACAGUGGUGAAGAUAUGGCUGAUACGUUCAUGCAAACUUUUAGGGUCGGUUACAAAGAUGUAUUUGGAUCUGAAUUAUUCCAUGAGCUUCGUGAAGAUGGGGAUCAAAUAUAUGUUACACAAUCGAACAAAAGAGAAUUCGUCGACCUCUACGCUGAUUUUCUUUUAAAUAGAUCUGUAGAAAGACAAUUCAAGGCUUUCAGACGUGGCUUCCAAAUGGUUACAGACGAAAGUCCCCUGGCGCUACUCUUUCGGCCUGAAGAAGUAGAACAGCUGGUAUGCGGAAGUAAGAAUUUCGACUUUGCUGAGCUGGAAGCAGCGACAGAGUACGAAGGUGGUUACACGGUGGAAAGUGAAGCUGUUAGGAAUUUCUGGAGGGUAGCUCACUCGCUUCCACCAGAAAGCCAACGAAGGUUACUUCAAUUCACAACAGGAAGUGAUCGAGUCCCUGUUGGAGGGCUGUCUCGUUUAAAAAUGGUCAUUGCGCGGCAUGGUCCAGAUUCUGAUAGAUUACCAAUAGCACAUACGUGCUUUAACGUUUUACUAUUACCUGAUUAUGGCACGAUAGAAAAGUUACAAGACCGUCUUCUGAAGGCGAUAAAUUACUCGAAGGGAUUUGGAAUGCUGUGAAUAAGAUUGGAUCUUUACUCUUCGAAUGUUGGAAUCAAACAUUUUUUCAAAGACAAAAAAACAUAGUGUCCCCUCUUUUCCUGCCUCUUUUAUUCCUAUUUAUUUUAAACUUGGUAUUUGCCAAGAGCAAGUGUACAGUAAGUGCGUGCAAAUAGGGGCAGAUGGUUCCUGGCAUUUUCUAAGACUCAUGGCAAAUCAUAUGAACAAAAAUGGAAUCGAGCUUAGAGCCUGUGAUCGUAUCGAUUGAAAUCAAUCGUAGCUAUAAACAGCCAAAAGAACAGAGGUAAAAGGAGAAAAUUUAUAUGCAGCCAGCUAAAUGAAGUGUGUGGAAUUUUAAAUAAUGUCAAAAAUCUCACUUGUCAAUGAAAAUAUGCAUUGAAAAAAUAGUACAUUAUGCAACAAGGAAAUAAAGCUACAGUUUAUUCCCACGGACGUCUGUACUGCCCGAGAAAAAUUCCUGAGGGUGAGUUCACUGCGCGAGCGAAGCGAGGGCAGUAUUCACUCGAGGGAAUUUUCGGGAGGGCAUUAAGUCCGAAGGAAUGGUUAGGUUUAUUACUGCAUUGCAUGUAGGACUUUAUUCCCGACUCAACCGUAGAGACCACUCUUCGUGCCGCAAAUUUACUUUUCUUCAGAUUCAACUUUAGUCUCGCCUUUCAGGUCAAAAAAGUUGUUUUUACGGUUGAGUCGGGAAUAAAGAUAUUUUCAAUUUUUGAUUAAUUCUGGGUUUGGUAUAUCCACGUUUCGUUGAUCCCAUAUAUAUACAUAUAUAUAUAACAUAAUAAAAAUACAUACACGACAACCGGAUGUAAUCCCGUGUAUUGAGCGCCUUUGAUCAACUUUACACGCGUCCAGAUUGUAGAGAUUAUAUUAUGCUCCAAAGACAAGUGAAACGUAUGACUGUGAUGCGAGUGAGAAUGUUAUUAGUAAAUAAUAGAGAUAAAACUUGAAAGAAUGAAGUGGAAAAAAAAAACUCAAUGAGUGAUUCAAACAAGCAUCUAAAUUAUUGAAUAAAUAUUCAAUAACAAAUGGAGGAAACUCUGUGAACAAUAUAAAUAUAUCAUGGUAGAUACUACAGAGAUCGUUGCAGGGAACCGGAAUGAACGCAUUGCGACACAUUCGCGUAUCCGUACCUUUAUUUUAGUUUCUUUUACACAUUACCAUUAUCAUCAUCAUAGUCAUGUUCAUGGAUACAUUAUCAUAGAUAAUAGUCGCAUCUAAAAACAAAAAUUUGUAUAAACGUUUGUAAUCGGCGACUUUUUUAAAAAGGCACGCUGCACACUACACCGAUAUUAUAACUUUAGUCGUGUGACAAUAAAAAGUUGUAUGAAAAACGUAAGAGGUCUGCAUAAGUUAAAAGGUCUAGUGAACGUAGUGAUUUAUAGUGCCAUAAUAUAAAGGGAAAGAAUAAAAAUAAAUAAAUGAAUAAGAGGAAUCAAAUUAAAUAUAGACCGCGUAACGUGUAAAAUUAUGUAAAGUUUUAAAUAUUAGUUGUCGAAUAAAGAUUGUCUUAUCAAAGAUAUCGUGAGAUGUCAGAAUGGCACACCUUCAAGAGAUAAAAACAAAAAUUUAUAUUUGUAUAGGGAACAGGACUUUGUUAAUGAAUCAAUAAUUGUUAGAUAAUUUCUGCCGUCAUUUACGCAUACCUAUAAUUGGAAAAACCGUCUUCGAUAAUCCGUGCAAAAAACCCACUCCGAUCCAAUAAACAUAAAACGAAUUUCAGGCAAUGAGA